ACCAUCCGAAGUGGGAAAGGGGAGGACGGACGGCUGGACGGAUGGGAAUGUGGAUUGCGUUGAAGAAUCCUUGUUUGGAAGAUUAUAAAGUGCCCCGCUAAGAUAAUGAAACAAGAACGGUUGGCUGAUAAUUAACCCCCGGAUCUGCCGCGAACUUUUGACGAGUGGCUUAGCAUGUGGUAGUAAGGUAUUGAAGGCAGGAAGGAAACCCACCUGGCACCUGCACGUACAAUUGAAAGUUGGAAUGGCAGGAAUGGAAUUGACGGUACCUGACCCGCGGCGCCCCACAAAGCCCCAAUCGAAUCCCGCAAACCCGCAAAAUCCGUAUCUGCCUUUCGACCUUGCAGAUAGUCACCGGUCGACUGGUCACAACCUUGGGAGUAUCCCGCUCGGCAUCCGGAAAUCUAAUGCUUGUAAACUUGUUACUUGCACAUGUGGAUUAGAAACGACAUCGGCAUCGACAUCGAAAUCGACAUCGACGUCAACCUCGAUGGCUUCGUUCAUAUGCCCUUAUAGGAGAAAUAAUAGAUUUAUCAUUCGUCAGCAGUUAUGAUCUUGCGUGACAAUGCCUCCAAGGAGAUCCCAUAAGAAAUCCCGUGCUGGAUGUCGGAGAUGUAAGGCCAGGAAGAUAAAGUGCGAUGAAGUUCAUCCUAGAUGUGGUAAUUGUACAAAACAUGGCGUUGCUUGCGACUUCGAACACCCUGGCGUCGCCGACUCCCUUACUCCCGCCGAAACCCCCCGUCCAACGACAUCCACCAGCAAUUGCGACAGCCCGUCGACGAGUACUCUUCCACCAACACCAUCCGUAGACGCAGAAACACCUCUUCCCCUGUACCGAAAUCCGGAAUCCCUCCCCCUGACGACAAACACCAAAAGCAGUCGCAUGAUGGAACUUAAGCUGCUUCACCAUUAUACAACCAUCACCUGCGAAACCCUCGCCAUAUCGUCGCCGGUAAGCGAGAGGAUAUGGAGGAAUACCGUUCCGAACCUGGCCUUUUCCGGCGCCAAUUUCUUGGCCGAUGCCCUUCUCGCCGUUUCCGCUCUCCAUUUACGAUAUAAUUCACCACAGGACCAAGAAUUAGUGCGCGCCAGCCACGCGUAUAUGGCAUCUACCCUAUCCGAAUACGGCGCAAGUCUAAGCAAGGGUAUCAACGAAUCGAACGCCGAAGCGCUAUUUCUUACCGCGGCUCUCAUCGCCUUCCAGUCUACGGCAUCCCGCAUUUUCUCUCGCGAUGAUAGUGGUGACCUUAAGGACCGGUCUGACGGAUAUGUCCUGCCGCUAUCAUGGUUCCAUUCCUUUCAAGGCGUGAAAGCCGUCGUUGCUGCUAGUUGGCAAUGGCUACGUCACAGUGGUAUCGUGGUCCCGAUAAUAGAGUCCCAACCGGCCCUGAACCUCGAUCUUUCGGGACAGAAUGCGAAUUUCUUCGGACAUCUCCUAGAUGGUGCCGAAGAGGAGAUUAUGAGUAUGGAUGACGACCCGGAGAGUCAGGAGUUAACGCGUCAAGCGUACCGGCACGCCGUCGCAGUUCUGGAUUGGGCUCAUAAGAUACCUCAUACUGGUGCCCCGCUCGUAUUUCUCGCCACUGUUUCGCGUCGCUUUGUGGAAUUGCUCGAAAUCCGGCGUCCCCGCGCUCUCGCCAUCCUUGCCAGCUAUUUUGGCCUGCUCAAAUGUCUGGAUAGCGUCUGGUGGUUGAAAGGGGUAUCGCGCCGCGAAGUUAUGGGCAUCAUAUCGCUAUUCAACCCGGAUGACGAAGAAUGGUGGCCGCGUCUGCAAUGGCCGCUUCGAAUCGCGCUAUACGAGGGGGAUGUCAUACCGCCGGACGUCUGGGGCGCGGAUUGGGCGGCCGAGACGGCGCUCUUAGAAGAAGCCAGCCACAAUGGUAACUUUGUCAGUCACAUCGAGCUCCUGAGUCAAAUGUUCACCGCCAUGCAGAAUAUGCCCGGGGGAACGGCAGCUUUAGACCUCGCCGCCCGUCAAACUUUUAUGUCGCACUCUAGAACACUCGAUCCCAGCGCGUUAAUCGACAACACCGCGCGCCCAUCCCCUUGAAAUAUGAGGAGCACGAAGUAGCUGUUAUUGAGCAUCACUGGGACGAGUCACGAUUUUACCAGCUUCACCCUCUCCACUCUGCCGUGCAUUGUCCAACCAUGUCGAAUCAAAUGCUACUCGCAUCUCGCAAUAUUUGAAAUAUGCAUUUACUUAUCAGCAUGAUUAUCCACCCCAUAGCCAGGGGUUCGUGGGGGUUUUAUAGACACCGGUGUUAAGCUGUCCAUUCAGAGGGUGCGAGUACUAUGGGCUAAGAUGGCGAAUUAUGGCGUCUAAGUACCAAGUUGGCAUCCAUACCUCCGGCGUAAUCGCGGUUCUAGAAACUGAAGGUCACUAGCGAUCAGGGCGAAACGGCGUUGUUCAUUCCACUAGCGAGGGAAACUCAGUAUGAUUUGGGAUGGAUUCAAUGUUAGGGCAUAUAUAGAAAGGACGAUGGCAUGUACACACACGCUAGCAUAAGGUAUAUCCCCGCUCCGCCAUUGUAACACAGAUAUGUGGAACGAGGUGAGUCGAUGGGAAAGGGUUAUGGCAAAAGGUAACUUAUAACUUACAAGGUGUACCACCAUAGGUAGCACACCGGUUUCCAGAUAAUAUACUGGAAACCAUAUCUGAAUUCUAUAUUAAGAACAAGUCUUCCUCACGUCCCUCGACUCUAUGAUCUGAGAAUAAAUACACUAUAUACUCUAGGAGAAUCUCGCAU